CGUAUCUAUCGCGGUGUUCCACAUUUCCAGUGUACUGGUUUCACCUUGAUGAAAACCACCUGCAGGUGUAACUAUGGAUGUCUUCAACCUACAGUGUGCCUUAUCCUUCCUCUUACUCGGGGAGCUUCUCCUGCCAGCAACUUGUUCUGUAGAGCUGACAAGCGCCCCCUCAGUAGCCACACACGGGGAGCCCCUCACUCUGACCUGCAACAACACGGGGGAAGCACGCGACGACUACUGGUUCCGUAACGGGGACCUCAUCUUCUUCACAGCCCCAUCUUCUUCAUCCUUGUGCGAUAUGUCCAUACUGAACAAAGAUUUGUACAGCGAGUAUCUGUCAGGGCGGGUCAAUGUCAGUUGCGACGUCCACCAACACAACGUGACCCUCACGAUUGACUCCCACCUCGACGACGGAUCUGUGUGGUGGUGCGUGGUGGAGGGGGAAAGCAACAACAUCACAAUACGAAUGAAUUCUUCAGCAUUUUUGCAAUCACCACCGUCAUUGCCGACAACACCUGUCUCAACAUCUACACCGACAUCUUCCCUCCCCACAACCUCCACAAGCAGGGCAACGUUCACAGUCAGACAUGAUGUUUCACCGUCGACCUCUGCAAGCAGAUCAACCUUUACAGCAAAACAUGAAUCACCAUAUCUAUCUACAAGAAGGUCACCCUUUGCAACCAGCCCUGAUCACACUCCGCCGUCAAAGUUGAACACAAGUCACACAGCUGGAAACAAUAUUACAGAGGAACACGGCAAAGGAGACCCUGAUGUACACCACUUUUAUCUGGUUGCUGGAUCAGUGUGUGGCGCUGCUGUAGCCAUUGUCCUCACAGCAGCCAUCCUCAUAUUGUGGACAAAACGCAGAAACACACAGAAGGAAGAAAGUGCAGCCAUCAUGCAGUCGGAAGAAACAAACCACUUUUACAUUAACCAAGCUGUGCAUCUGGAUGUCGUAUCUAUGUAGACAGAUGCCGAUGUGAAGUUAACGGUUACGUUUCAACUUUCCUUUCAUCGGGAAGAAAACGGUGCCAUGGAUCCAACAACAUAUGUCGUAUUUCAACAUUUCCUCCGAAAGCUGGACUAACAUUUUGUCGAUAAAACCGUGCACUGUACAAUCCAUUUCUCUCGUUUCUAUUUCUGGUGCUGAUUACCAUCCCUUAUCAUCAAGUGGAUAUGUUCCACAGGCAUGGCACAGUACUACCCAACACAACUAUUAGAUGUUCAGCUUUAUAAUGUUAAAGGUAACUUCGGACUCUCUUUUCAUGCAAUGAUCAAGGACGAUCGGCGACCUGUGAAUAAUCGAGUGUGGACCGUAAAAUAAAGUGAUUGAUAGUAUGAGGAUCAACCCGUGCGCCCAUAACGAUAAGAAAAUCAAUGCAUCCCUGCAUUUAUAAAUAACAUGCAUAUAUAAAAAACACCGUAGAUAUCAUGU